GUUUUAGGUAUCGAUUCUGUCAUUAAACUCCGUACCAAUCAAUACUGAGUUAGAAAAUGCAAAUAACGGAGAAAGUUUUGGGCUGGAUUGAUUGGUUCAAACUUCUAUAGGGAAAUUUACGCGAUUUUGUACAAACGCGUGGACCAAAUCGAAACCCCCCAAAACUCCGGCUCUGGUCGGUCUCACGCCGAGGAGGAGCGAGGGAGAAAUCGCCCCGCACAAUCGAUCUCCCCCUCCGCCGCAUGGAUCCCGCUGCCGCCUCACCGGCGCCGGAGCCCGCCGCGGAGGAGCCGCUAAGCGCCUCCUCCGUGCUCGACAGCCUCGGCGCGGAGGUGCUGGCGGUCAUGUCCCCGGUCUCCAUUUGCAUGGCCCUCGUCGUGCUCCUCAUCUCCCUCCUCUCGCCGCCGUCCUCCGGGUCCGCUGGGGGCUCGCCUCCGCCAGUCACUGCGGCGACGCUCGUCUACCUCGAGUCCCCCAGCGACACCCCGGCCCAGAAGCUCCUCGGCGCGCUUCUUGAUGCCGCGGUUUUCGUCGCCCUCGUCGCCGCCGUCACUUUCGUCCUCGUCGCGCUCUACUACUACCGCUGCACGGGCUUCCUCAAGAACUACAUGCGCUUCUCCGCCUUCUUCGUCAUCUUCUCCAUGGGCGGCGCCAUCGCCGCCGCGGUGCUCCGCCGCCUCGCGGCCCCGCUCGACGCACCGACCGCGUUCCUUCUCCUCUUCAACGGCGCCGCGGUCGGCGUCCUCUCUGUCUUCGCGUCCGCCGUCCCCAUCCUCGUCCGCCAGGGGUAUAUGGUUGCGCUCGCCGUCAUCGUCGCCGCCUGGCUCUCCAGGCUUCCCGAGUGGACCACAUGGAUCAUGCUCGUCGCCCUCGCCCUCUACGACCUCGUCGCCGUGCUCGCGCCGCGGGGACCACUCAGGAUGCUUGUGGAACUGGCCUCCUCCAGGGACGACGAGCUCCCAGCGCUCGUCUACGAGUCCCGGCCUACAGUCGGCCCCGCGACAAGCUCUUCCUCUUAUGCUUCAGCCAUGGGGUCGGUGGAGAUGCAAACCAUGACAGAUUCUGGUCGGGCUGGUGGCAGCCGGUAUGACAGGGUGGAGCAGGAUGAAUAUGCCAGCCGUGCUGUUGUGGAGAUGAGGGAUCUUGGAAGAGGCCGAUCAAGCAUUGGUGAGAUAAACAGAUCAAGAGGUUCUGUGCUUCAAAUGGAUAACCUUGAAAGGGAGGUUCCAGUGACUUCAGCGGAGCUGCCAUCAAAUCAGGGUGGGAGUUCACAGCAUGCCGUCAUUCAAAUUGAACAGCAUGAGGAAGAAGAGACAGCGCCUCUGGUGUCGGCAGCAUCUACCAACAAUGCAGCUUCAGAUGAGGAGCAUAGACAAAGUUCAUCCUCAGAGCCUCCUCUGGAUUUUGAGAUGUUUGAAUCUACCAGGGGCAUCAAGCUGGGCCUUGGUGAUUUUGUUUUCUACAGUGUGCUUGUUGGGAGAGCUGCUAUGUAUGAUCUGAUGACAGUGUAUGCAUGCUACCUCGCCAUCAUUGCUGGACUUGGCUGCACCCUUAUCUUGCUGUCGAUAUGCCGGCACGCACUGCCUGCACUCCCGAUAUCUAUUAUGCUGGGAGUGACAUUCUACUUCUUGACGCGGUUGCUGAUGGAGCCAUUUGUGGUUGGUGCUUCAACAAACUUGGUGAUGUUCUGACUUCUCACUGAUAUGCUGUUGUCAUCUAGAUCUGUCUGAACCAAAAGAAAGAGGUUGGUCAGCAUUCUGUCAUUCUAUGUGAGAGUGACUAAUAUUUUGUUGGUCACUUCUCUUUAACAGUCAUUUGUAUUUGUUGCUAGGAAUGCUUAAGACCUUAGACUCUGAGGUAUUAUCGGAGAUAGACUAAGCCCAUGUCUUGUUGUGUAGUUAUAUCAACCUGGCAUGAUAUUCAGGAAGAGCUAUUCUGCAUUCCAUGUUCUUUGGCUUAUUCUAUUCUUCUUGGAAGUUGGUAUAUUCACUAUUAUAGGAUUAGUGGUGAAGUAAUUGAUCAUCGAUCAUGUUUUUAAUCAGUCUGUGUUCAAUUAACUACUCAUUGUCCACCUAUAGAUGAAAGUUUUUGAACA